GGAAGAACACACCCAGUGACAUCAGUGAAGGUUUGAAGAAGACGAAGAAGAAAAAGUCCGAACUUCAACGGUGCAGCGGAGGAGUCAGAGGGCCGAGAGGUCCUUCCCGGUUUGCUCUCGGUUUUCAGCGGCUUUUGGAUCCGAAGAGUUUGAAAAGUGUCCGGACUGUGCGUAAAGUUUUUGCUUGAAGCGAACCGCGCGGCGCAGAGAGUCGCGUUUCUCAAGAGCGGAGGAUGUCAACUUCAGACGAGACCGACGGGUUCCGGCCCAGAUACGGCUCGGUCCUGGAUGGCGUGGAGCGGCUCACGGCUGAGGAGAUGGACGAACAGCGGCAGCAGAACAUGGCCUACGAGUACCUGUGUCACCUGGAGGAGGCUAAAAGGUGGAUGGAGGCCUGCCUGGACGAGGAGCUGCCUCCCACCACGGAGCUGGAGGAGGGGCUGAGGAAUGGCGUCUAUCUGGCCAAGCUGGGCAACUUCUUCGCCCCGCACACCGUCUCUCUGAAGAAGAUCUACGACCGCGAGCAGACGCGCUACAAGGCGACAGGUCUUCAUUUCCGGCACACGGACAACGUGAUCCAGUGGCUCAACGCCAUGGCCGAGAAGGGGCUUCCCAAGAUCUUCUACCCUGAAACCACAGACAUAUAUGACAGAAAGAACAUGCCGCGCUGCAUCUACUGCAUACAUGCUCUCAGCCUGUACCUGUUCAAGCUGGGCCUGGCCCCUCAGAUCCAGGAUCUGUACGGGAAAGUCGACUUCACUGAGGAGGAGAUCAACAACAUGAAGAGUGAGCUGGAGAAAUACGGGAUCCAGAUGCCCGCCUUCAGCAAGAUCGGCGGGAUCUUGGCCAAUGAGCUCUCGGUGGAUGAAGCCGCACUGCACGCUGCCGUGAUCGCCAUCAACGAGGCCAUCGAUCAGGGCGUGCCAGAGGGCACGCUGGCAGCCAUGCACAACCCCAACGCCAUGCUGGUCCAUCUUGAUCCCAGCUGUGCCCAACAGUACCAUGACACGCUGUACCAGGCCAAGGGGAAAAAGGUGGCCAACUCUCGCAAGCGGCAAAUGGAGAAUGCGGAUGCGGAGAGGGACAUUUACGAUGAGCUGCUCACACAGGCUGAGAUCCAAGGCAACGUGAACACGGUCAAUGUGAGCAACGCUCUGGGUGCAGCCGAACAGGCUCUGCUGAGCGGCGACGAGGAGAAGUUAUACGAUGCCCUGAAAGCUGUGGGCACCCAGAACCUGCAGGGCCAGAACAAAGGCUGGUACCUGAAACAGCUGCAGGCGGACCGGGAAAACAAAGAGCAGGAGUCUCCCGGUGAAGCUCUGACUAAAGACGAGCUGCAGAGCGGCGUGGACGUGUCCAACGCCAUCGCAGAAGGAUACUUGAAGAUGUUGAAGGCAGUGGAGCGCAUCAACGCUGCCAUCAGAGCUGGGGAGCCAGGAAAGACUGUGGAGGAGCUGAUGAAUCCUGACGCGCAGCUGCCGGAGGUCUACCCCCGCGCUGCAGACCUCUACCAGAGGGAGCUGUACAGCCUGCAGCAGCAGAGCCCAGAGGGCUCUCUGUCCCACCCCGAGCUGCUCGUUGCCGUGGAGAUGCUGUCUUCGGUGGUGCUCAUGAACGAGGCGAUGGACGCCGGCGACCGAGCAGCCCUCUGGAAGCAGCUGUCCAGCUCCGUCACAGGACUCAGUAACGUGGCAGAUGAAUACGCGCAGAGGUACAUGGAUGAACUAAUGCGUCUUAAGGCGGCAGCCAGAGCCGAGGGCAGUGACUUUCUGACCUGGAACGAUAUUCAGGCCUGCAUCGACCAGGUCAACCUGACCGUGCAGGAGGAGCAUGAACGCAUCGCUGCCAUCGGGCUGAUUAAUGAGGCGCUGGACGAGGGGGAUCCCAUGAAGACGCUGGCGAUGCUGCAGAACCCGUCGGCCAAGCUGACCGACGUGGACCCAUCUGUGGCGCAGCAUUACCACGAUAAGCUGCUGGAGGCCCGCAGAGAAAAGGCUCAUGAGACCAAGGACCCGUCUGCUGUGCUGUGGCUGGAUGAGAUCCAGGAUGCCAUCCUGAAGGCCAACCAGGACACACAGGAGGCCCUGCAGUUCUCCCAGUCCAUCCAGGCCAUCAACGAGGCGGUGGACAGCGGCGAUGCAGCUCAGACUCUGGCCACGCUGCGUAACCCUGGGGCGGGACUGUAUGGUGUCACCUCGGAGUGUGCCCAGACCUACCAGGACGACCUGGCCAAGAUUAAAGAGGAGAAAAACAAAGAGGGUGACAAUGGAAGUAAGUGGGUGAAACACUGGGUGAAAGGAGGACACAACUACUACUACAACUUGGACAGCAAGGAGGGCACCUGGGUGGAGCCAGAGGACUUCCUGCAGAACAACACCCAGCUCAACAAGGAGGACAUCCAGUCUGUGGUUUCUGGGGUAACCACAGCCUACAACCGGGAGCAGCUGUGGCUGGCCAACGAGACUCUAAUUACCAAGCUGCAAGCUCGCUGCCGUGGCUUCCUGGUGCGAAAUGGCCUGAAGGAGAGGUUGAACUACCUGAAGACUCAGGAGCCGUCUGUCACACGCAUCCAGGCCCACUGGAAAGGCUACAAGCAGAGGAAGGCUUUCACGGACCGCCAGGAGUAUCUGAAGGACCACAGCGACGAGGCCGUCAAGAUUCAGUCGAUGGUUCGAAUGCACCAGGCCCGUAAGAAAUACAGAGAUCGGCUGAAGUAUUUCCAAGACCAUAUCAAUGAUGUGGUGAAGAUUCAGGCUUUCAUUAGAGCCAACAAGGCCAGAGACGACUACAAGACCCUGAUCAGUGCAGAUGAUCCUCCGAUGGCGGUGGUGAGGAAGUUCGUCCACCUGCUGGACCACAGCGACCAGGACUUCCAGGAGGAGCUGGACCUGAUGAGGCUUCGUGAGGAGGUGGUCACCAACAUCCGCUCCAACCAGCAGCUGGAGAACGACCUGAACCUGAUGGACAUCAAGAUCGGUCUGCUGGUGAAGAACAAGAUCACGCUGCAGGAGGUGGUGUCGCACAGCAAAAAGCUGACCAAGAAGAACAAGGGCCAGCUGUCCGACAUGAUGAUGAUGAACAAGCAGAGGGGAGGCCUGAAGGCUCUGAGCAAGGAGAAGAGGGACAAGCUGGAGGCCUACCAGUACCUGUUCUACCUGCUGCAGACCAACCCCACGUAUCUGGCCAAGCUGAUCUUCCAGAUGCCGCAGAAUAAAUCCACAAAGUUCAUGGACUCUGUGAUCUUCACCUUAUAUAACUACGCCUCCAACCAGAGAGAGGAGUACCUGCUGCUGAAGCUCUUCAAGACUGCCCUGCAGGAGGAGAUCAAGUCAAAGGUCGACCAGAUGAAGGAGAUCAUCACCGGCAACCCUACGGUCAUCAAGAUGGUAGUGAGCUUCCACAGAGGUGCCCGGGGCCAGAACGCUCUGAGGCAGAUCCUGGCGCCGGUCGUCAAAGAAAUCAUGGACGACAAAACGCUAAACAUCAAGACGGACCCGGUGGACAUCUACAAAAGCUGGGUGAACCAGAUGGAGACACAGACCGGAGAGGCCAGUAAGCUGCCGUACGACGUGACCCCGGAGCAGGCCAUGGCCCACGAGGAGGUGAGGACGCGACUGGAGGCCUCCAUCAAGAACAUGAAGAAUGUCACUGACAAAUUCCUGUCCGCCAUCAUCGUGUCCGUGGAUAAGAUCCCGUACGGAAUGCGGUUCAUUUCAAAGGUGCUUAAGGACACGCUCGAAGAGAAGUUCCCAGAUUCAACAGAGGAUGAGCUGCUGAAGAUUGUGGGGAACCUCCUGUAUUACCGCUACAUGAACCCAGCCAUUGUGGCGCCCGAUGCGUUUGACAUCAUCGAGGUGUCGGCAGGCGGACAGCUGACCACCGAACAGCGUCGGAACCUGGGCUCUGUGGCCAAGAUGCUGCAGCACGCUGCUUCCAACAAGAUGUUUAUGGGAGACAAUGCCCACCUCAAUCCCAUCAAUGAAUACCUCAGCGCCUCCUACCUUAAAUUCAGGCGUUUCUUCCUCGCCGCAUGUGACGUGCCCUCGCUUGAAGAUAAGUUCAACGUGGAUCAGUAUUCUGACUUGGUCACCGUCACCAAACCUGUUAUCUACAUGUCCAUUGGAGAGAUCAUCAACACUCACACGCUACUGCUGGACCAUCAGGACGCCAUCGCUCCAGAGCACAACGACCCGAUCCACGAGCUGCUGGACGACCUGGGCGACGUUCCCACCGUUGAGUCUCUCAUUGGUGAGAAUCCUCUCCCACCUGACGACCCCGGCAAAGAGCUAAUGGGGAAGACUGAGGUCUCACUUACACUCACUAAUAAGUUUGACCUCCCUGGAGAGGCCAAUGCUGAGAUGGACGCAAAGACUCUCCUGCUCAACACCAAGAGGCUCAUCGUAGAUGUGAUCCGCUUCCAGCCUGGGGAGACACUAACUGAGAUCCUGGACUCGACAGCCACAGCCGACCAGGAAGCAGAGUACCAGCGUGCCAUGCAGAGGAGGGCGAUCCGCGAUGCCAAGACGCCAGAGAAGAUGAAGCAGGCCAAACCCGUGGUGGACGACAGCCUGACGCUUCAGGGCAAGAAGGACAAGAUCAAGAGCAACCUGCAGAGGCUGGCGGAGCUGGGGAAGGUCCACCCCGAGAACCGCUAUCAGGACCUCAUCAACGACAUCGCCAAGGACAUCCGGAAUCAGAGGCGGUACCGGCAGCGCAGGAAAGCCGAGCUGGUGAAACUGCAGCAGACCAACACUGCCUUGAAUUCAAAGACCAACUUUUACAAUGUGCAGAUCGACUCUUACAAUCAGUACAUCAAGACGUGCAUGGACAACCUAGCCAGCAAGGGCAAGUUGUCUAAGAAACCAGGCGACAGCAAGGCCAAGAAGAGUAAGCAGGUGUCCCAGAAAUACAACGCUGCGCGGCUCCACGAGAAGGGCGUGCUCAUAUCCGUAGAUGAGCUGCAGCCCAACCAAUACAAGAACGUUAUCUUUGAGAUUUCUCCAUCAGAGACUGUCGGUGUGUUUGAUGUGAAGGCCAAGCUGAUGGGCGUUCACUUGGAUACCGUACACUUAGACUAUCAGAAUCUCCUGCAGCUGCAGUAUGAAGGUGUGGCAGUGAUGAAGCUCUUUGACAGAGCCACCAUCAACGUCAACCUGCUCAUUUUCCUGCUCAACAAGAAAUUUUAUGGAAAAUAAAUAUAUAAAGGAGAGAACAGAGGCGUCAGACACUGAUGUAACCACAGCACCCAUCGAGGGUGGGCAGAAAGCCCUGACCUGGACUGUCCCGGUUUCCCACACGUCCCUGUUUUCUCUUGGCUCUACAGAUUAAUGUGCAUUUUUUUAAGUGGAUCACCAUUUCUAGAUUGCUCCACUAACUGGAGCACACCACAGAUGCUUUCGCUCUUUAUCGUCUGUCAGCUAGGUCAGAGGCUAAAUAUCUGUAUUUUUGCUUAAAAUAUGAAUAUCGUGCAUGGGCUUUGAUGAAUUCUAAAAUAUAUGUUUUAUGUAAAGAGAUCAUGUUUCAUGUCUUUACUACAUGUUAGUUCAUCUGCUCCUCUGAUAGAGGCCUGUGAAGCAUCUGUUCUAUUCAGGGGGGUUGUAACACAUUAGUAUUUCACGCUCCUUCACCUCUUGAUUUUUGUGUUAUUGCUUUUGUCUAAUUGGAAGAAAAAAGCUGGAGGCAUGAAUUCUUGGCCAUAAUUUAUUUUGGAAAGAAUGCAAUUAAAGUCUGUUGUGUCUCCCUUAAGUUGGAUAUGACCCGCCUCACCCAGUCCAAUACGCUAACCCACCUCCCGUCUAUGCAGUGACAUAAAACUUAAACACAAUGACAAAACAUAAAGUGCUUUUUCAUAAACACUUACAAUAGAAUGUUGCAUGAAAAAUUUGGUCUAUGCUGACACUAAUUUGGCUCCAUCGUCUUGAUCAGUCACCUUACACCAUGUCUUGUAAUCCUUAUUUUGUGAUUCCACGGUGGUUUGACUGUGACCUGCUGCUCUACGUUUGACUCUCAGAAGCAGGAGGAUGCAACACCUCUGUUUUUGAACCUUUCAUUGGAUUUGUCGCUUCACUUUCUGGAAAUUCUGUAUUUUUUAUAUCUUGUGAGCAAUUUUAUGUUGAAAGUAAUUGACAACAUUCCCGUUAUUUAUAUUUUCUGUGUGAUCACUUCAUGUUCUGCUCCAUGAUGUACAGUAUUCCAUUCAGCAGACUUGUGUCCAGUAGAUGUCACUCUACGCCGUGUCUUGUAUUCCUUAUUUUGAGAAUCCAUAGUGUCUCAUGUAUAGUUAGUUGUUCCUGAUCAGAGAUUAAGCAUCGAAGAGGUCAGAGGUCACAGAAACUGUCUGUUUGUCAUGGGCUCUCAUUCAGUCUGUAUGUAUGUUGCCUGUUUUAGAAUAAAGCUUCACAGAUGCA